AUGUCUGCUUCAUUUGCCAUUGCCUCUCUACUCAAACGAGUGCCAUGUCGAGCCAAUGCCAGUCCAAUGGCACAUGCUCGUCGCUUCCAAUCUCUGGCCUUCACCCAUGUCACAUUACAGUCUGUCGCCCGACCUCAAUUAGUGAAAUCAACACCACGCCUCUUGUCUGCUUCUUUAUGCCACAAGUAUCAACAAAAGCACUGGACAUCUACUGCAACCAGUGCCACUACCACUACAGCCACCGAGAAAAGCAAACAGCCAGUGGUCUACAACAAUUGGCUUGAUCAUUUACCCAAGAAAGUGGCUCCUUAUGCAUUUCUGACUCGUAUCGACAAACCCAUUGGUACCUGGCUGCUGUUCUGGCCUUGUGCUUGGAGCAUUUCAAUUGCUGCUUACAGUACAGGUGCCUCCGUCGUGGAUGCCGCCUCCAUGAUCGCCCUGUUUGGUACCGGUGCAUUGAUCAUGCGUGGUGCUGGCUGCACCAUCAACGAUUUAUGGGACAGAGACAUCGAUGACAAGGUAGAAAGAACCAAGAUUCGUCCCAUCACCUCGGGUGCCAUUUCUCCCAAACAAGCCAUUGCCUUUCUUGGUGUGCAAUUAACGGCAGGCCUGGCUGUCUUGACGCAACUCAACAUGUACAGCAUCCUGCUUGGCGCCAGCUCAUUGUCGUUGGUGGUCACUUAUCCUCUGAUGAAGCGUGUUACUUACUGGCCACAAACAGUGUUGGGUUUGGCGUUCAAUUGGGGUGCGUUGCUAGGUUGGUCUGCCAUGACUGGAUCCCUCGAUCUCUCGGUUGCUGGGCCACUAUAUCUCGGUGGUGUCUGCUGGACAUUGGUGUACGAUACCAUCUACGCCCAUCAAGACAAGAAGGAUGAUAUCAAGGUGGGUGUCAAGUCUACUGCUCUUCGUUUUGGAGAAAAGACACCACAAUGGCUGGCUGGAUUCUCCACUGCAUUCAUUGGUUUGACAGCUGUUGCUGGUUAUAUGAAUGGUCAGGGACUCCCUUUCUACGCCAUCAGUGUGUUGGGCACAGCCAGUCAUUUAGCAUGGCAACUAAAGACGGUCAACUACAACGACACGGCUAGCUGCUGGUCUAAAUUCAAGAGCAACACAUGGGCUGGUGCUAUCUUGUGGUCUGGCAUUGUAGCUGAUGCUGCCUGGUCCUCUAUUGCAGUUUGA